UAUCUAACUGUAGUAUAUUCGUCAUUUCCUGAGUGAACAACAAAGAAUAAAAACCCAACCGCCAUUGCUAGGGAGUUAACUUCAAUACUAGGACUAGUUGAUUGAAUUACAAAACAUGGCCACCCUCUCACGCAUUGAAAAAACUAUUUAGUGAUUUUGGAGUAGAAACUUGGGUAUAUUUGUUGAUUAAAGUAUCUAUGAAAGAUCACGUAUUUUCAAAAAUCUCAAAUGGAAAAGAACCAGGUAUCAAACAUUAUUAUUGAUACAAAUCAAGGAGUGCUAUGUACAGAGAUAUUUCAGGAACCAAGGCGCUUAACACCAACUGGGAAAAUAAGUCACGCUAAAACUCGUGUAUAUACACAACGUUAUCGUAAAGAGUGGGAACAAAUGCCGGAUUUUGAAGGUUGGUUAACAUCAGUUCCAGAUCAAGUAACUCGUGCAUUCUGUACUUAUUGUAAAAAAAAUCUCCACGCUCAUCGUUUAUCACUGUUAAAACAUACAUGUACUAUGAAACAUCAAAGAGCUGCUCUUAUGUAUCAAACUCAACUUCAAUGUAAAGGAGAUGAUGAAUCAAGAAUGUCGGGUUUGCAAUUUGAAACUGUUGACGUUAAUUGCAUUAAAAAACAAGAAGUGGAAGAUGAUGACGACGAAGAUGAAAAUGAAUUUGAGUAUGUUGUUGAAAGAUUAGACAUGGAAGAUGAAGAAUCUGAGAAAUUAGAAGACGAAGAAGUGGAAGAUAAUCAAUCUGAAAGUAUUCAGUUUAAACACAACUCAAAUGAUGAUUUACCAGCAAGUAAAAAAGUUAAAUUGAAUCUAGAUGAACCUAAAGAUACUUUAGCUCAAGCUAUGGCUCAUGUUCAUGAUGACUAUCUAGAAGGUAAUGAUGAAUCGAAUAAUGAUCUCAAUUUAAUAUCCCAAGAACUUUGUUCGAAAGAAGAGGUAAAAAAAGAUUGUGAUAAAAAAUUGAUAAAUCCAUCUUUGCAAUUAAAAUCAGAUGAACCAACUACAGAAACAGAGCCAACAAAUAACACUGUAACAAUUACAUCAGUGCAAAAUAGAACUAUUAUGUUAUCAACUGGCAAAACAGUGACUUUGACAACAGGAAAAUUACCUCCUGGUUAUGUGUUAAGUAAAGUUAAAGCUAAUCUUCCAACGUUAAUUAUGACUGGAGCAAAACCAAUUACUGCUCGUACAAAUAUACCAAAAUCAACUCCCUCUACUACACCUCAAUCAUCUUCAACUGUAAAUACAAAUACACCACUUAAAAAAUUAACAUCAGUAAAAAAUACUACCUUGAAACAUACCUGCGUUUCAACUCAUGUCCUAGAUACUAGCAAAGGACUUCCUAUCGGAGGACUUCAAGUUAGUUUGUAUAAAUUAAUGGAUGGAAGAUGGACGUUUUUAAAUGAAAGUACAACAUCACCAAAUGGUCGUUGUAAUGAUUUAGUCGAUACUACUAAAACUCACUUUACUCCAGGUCGUUACAAACUUCAUUUUGAUGUUGAUAAAUAUUUUUCAUUACGAAGAAUAGAAACAAUGUUCCCUUUUAUUGAAAUAGUUUUUGAUGUUAAAAAUCCAACAGGAAGUUAUCAUAUACCUAUUUUACUUACUCCAUUCGGAUAUACUACUUAUCGUGGUGUAGAUCGGUAGUUCAAAUAUAAGUGAUAUUUUUUCAGUUGUAAGUAAUAAAUUAUACAUCAAGUACUUUGAUUUAUUACACAUAUGUGAUCAUUUAGAUAUAUUUUUUGUACGUUCAAAUAAAUAUUGAAUAAACAAAUAAUAAUAA